GGGACAGAAAGGCUCAGGCAACAUCUCACCACACCUCCAGCUUAGAGGUUGCAGUUACUACAAAAGCUCCUGUCAGCCCCUCCAGAUGUUUUUGAUGUGACUUAGGCCAAAGCUUCCAAAAGCUUAUGAAAUGGAACUGAAUGUAAAAGCCAUGAAACUUGUCCUGAACAGUUUUUUGUUGCUGCUGCUCCAAGAAUUCAGUACAGCUGUGAAGGAUGAUGUAAGAUCUAGCUGUAGAACUGCUCCAAAUGACUUGGUUUUUAUAUUGGAUGGCUCAUUUAGCGUAGGGCCAGAAAAUUUUGAAAUAGUCAAAAACUGGAUUGUCAACAUAUCCAGCAGUUUUGAAAUUGGGACUACAUUUACACAAGUGGGUGUUAUACAAUAUAGUGAUGAUCCUUUGCUAGAAAUAUCAUUGGACAGAUACAGGUCAAAUGAAGACUUGACGAAAGCAAUGGAAGCCAUAUUAUACAGGGGUGGAAACACAAGAACAGGAAAAGCUAUAACAUUUGGAGUUAACCACGUGUUUGCUACCUCAACCAGGGAUGCUAAUGCUGUGACAAAAGUGGCAGUUGUACUUACAGAUGGAAAAUCCCAAGACGAUGUGAAGGACUCAGCAGAGGAAGCAAGGAAAAAGAAAAUUAUACUGUUUGCAAUUGGAGUUGGUCAGGAAAUAGAAGAUGCAGAGCUGCAGGCAAUUGCAAAUAAACCUUCAUCCACAUAUGUGUUCCAUGUAGAAGACUACAGCGGUAUCACCAAAAUUAGAGAAACAAUCAAACAAAAACUUUGUGAAGAGACUGUCUGCCCUACAAGAAUACCUGUGGCAUCUCGAGAUGAAAAAGGCUUUGAUAUCCUUGUUGGAUUAGAUAUUAGGAAAAAAGCCACUAAGACCGAAGGGUCUUACCGUGGCAAAAAAGCUUAUAGAGUUACAUCACAGAGUGAUUUAACAGAAAAAACAAGGGACAUUUUUCCUGAUGGCCUUCCUCCUUCCUAUGUCUUUGUGUCCACAUUACGAUUCAAGAGACCAGUAACUAAGGAAAAAUGGGAUUUGUGGAGAAUUCUUGCUGUAGAUGGCACAAUUCAAACAGCAGUUACAUUGAAUGGAGAAGACAAUACAGUAAUCUUCCAUACAACACAUAAGAUAAAUGAUACACAGUCUGUGACUUUCAUUUCUCCUUUUAUAAAGGCAUUGUUUGAUGAAAACUGGCACUUACUGCGAGUCCUCGUAACAGAGAGGGAUGCCACUUUGUACCUGGACGAUGAAUUAAUUGAGACAAGGCAACUGGAAUCUGUUCUUGGUAUCUUCAUCAGUGGGAGGACACAGAUAGGGAAGUACUUUGGGAAAGAAGCAACUGUACCAUUUGACGUUCAAAAGUUAAGGAUUUACUGUGACCCAGAACAAAAUCAACGAGAAACUGCCUGUGAAAUUCCAGCUGUUAAUAUACCGUGUGACAGUAGUCUUGAUGUUAUUUCCACAUCACCCCCUUGUACAUGUGCCCCAGGACCAGCUGGCCCUAGAGGUCUAAAGGGAGAACGUGGAGUUUCUGGGGAACAUGGUGAUGCAGGAAGACCUGGUGCAGAUGGUAAGCCUGGAAUUGCGGGAUUGCCAGGAAGUCCAGGCAUACCAGGACCCCAAGGUAUCCAGGGAUUGCGUGGGCUUCAGGGAGACAAGGGUGAGCAAGGGAGCCCUGGUAUUCCGGGUAAACAAGGUCUCCCAGGAUUUCAAGGACCACCUGGACCACCAGGACCCAUGGGUUCUAAAGGUUUAAAAGGGGAACCAGGUCUACGUGGUUUUGAAGGUAAAAAGGGUGCAAAAGGUGACAAAGGUUCUCAUGGUUUUCCUGGAUUGCGUGGAUCUCCUGGACAUCAAGGUGAAAGUGGGAAAAAUGGCUUACCUGGAAUUCCUGGCACUAAGGGAGAACCUGGAGAGGUUGGUCGCCCAGGAUUGGAUGGAAUAGCAGGGAUGCCUGGUAUUCCUGGAAUGCCAGGAUAUAUUGGACCAAUGGGGCCCAAGGGGAGAGAUGGAAUUCCUGGGCAUAAAGGAGAUAAGGGCUCUCCUGGCAAAACAGGUGAAAUGGGACUACCAGGUGUACCUGGAUCAAGAGGACUAUCUGGACCUAAGGGUAACAAGGGUGAACAAGGAAUUCAAGGCAUUCAAGGGCAGUAUGGCAACAAGGGGCGGAAAGGAGAACCAGGUUUACCAGGUCAGCCAGGACAAUCUGGAAUGCCAGGAAUGAAAGGAAUAAAGGUAUAA